AUGGACAUCCAAACCGCCGCCCCAUCCUCCGCCGCGAAGACGGCCUUCCUCAUUAUCAACUGCCUCAUACUCGCCGUCGGAAACACCGCCGGGCCGCUGAUCAUGCGCCUCUACUUCAUCCACGGCGGCAAGCGGAUCUGGUUCUCUAGCUGGCUCGAGAGCGGCGGCUUCCCGGUCAUCCUCAUCCCCCUCGCCGCCUGCUACGCUCGCCGCCGCCGUGUAUCCGCCGGCGCCAGGCUUGUCCUCAUGGACCUCCGGUUGUUCGCAGCCGCGGCGGUGAUUGGCGCCCUGACCGGCCUCGACAACUACCUCUUCGCGUACGGCAUCGCGAAGCUCCCGGUCUCCACCUCCACCCUCAUCAUCGCGUCGCAGCUGGCAUUCACGGCGGCAUUCGCGUUCCUCAUUGUGCGGCAGCGGUUCACGGCGUUCUCCGUCAACUCCGUUGUCCUCCUGACUGUGGGCGCCGCCGUGCUGGGGCUCCACACAAAGAGCGAUCGGCCGCCCGGGGAGACGAGCCGGCAGUAUUGGGUGGGGUUCUUCAUGACGGUGGCGGCGUCGGCGCUGUACGGGUUCAUACUGCCGCUGGUGGAGCUGACGUACAAGCGGACGAAGAAGGAGCUGACGUACGCGCUCGUGCUCGAGAUACAGCUAGUAAUGUCUAUCUUCGCCACCGCGUUUUCCACGGUGGGGAUGCUCAUCAACCACGAUUUUCAGGCUCUUGCAGGAGAAGCAAAAGCGUACGGACUAGGGGAGUCGAUAUACUAUGUGGUGGUUGUUUGGGGAGCCAUACUAUGGCAGUGCUUUUUCUUGGGAGCUAUUGGCGUGAUUUUCUACUCGUCUUCACUUGUGGCGGGCAUCGUCAUGACUGUGGUGCUGCCCGUAACUGAAGUAUUGGCCGUCAUUUUCUUCAAAGAGAAGUUCCAAGCUGAGAAGGGCAUAUCUCUGUUCCUCUCCUUGUGGGGUUUCUUUUCCUACUUUUACGGCGACAUAAAACACAACAAAAAGAGAGUUAAAAAUGAGAUCGGUGAUGAGAAUGAGAAUGAAGGAGAAGCCCGGUUGGGUGUUUAA